AUGGCAGGGCUGCACUCUGUACGCUUCGUGUACGAACGACAAACGGCACUUUCCACGGUCAUGGCACUGGGCUCAAACAUCAUCUGCAGCAAGAUUCCGGGACUGGCGCCACGUCAGCGGGCACUGUGCCAGAGCCGUCCGGACGCGAUCAUCGUGAUCGGCGAGGGCGUGCAGCUGGGAAUCGGCGAGUGCCAGCACCAGUUUCGAUUUAGCCACUGGAAUUGCUCGGCGCUGGGUGAGAAAACGAUGUUCGGCCGGGAGCUCAACAAUGGUAGCCGAGAAGCGGCCUUCAUGCACGCGGUGAUCUCGGCCGCCGUGGUGUACGCCAUCACGGUGGCGUGCAGCCAGGGCGACUGGAGCGAGUGCGGCUGCGACCGCGCCAAGCAGGGGUGCUUCUACAACGCGCAAGGGGGCUGGCACUGGGAUGGCUGCUCGGCCGACCUUAGCUACGGCCUCGAGUUCUCUCGCCUCUUCGUGGACGCGCGCGAGGUCAAGCAGAAUGCGCGCACGCUCAUGAACCUGCACAACAACGCCGCCGGGCGCAAGGUCCUGGAGGAGAAGAUGAAGCCGGUGUGCAAGUGCCACGGCGUGUCGGGUUCGUGCACCACCAAGACAUGCUGGACCACGCUGCCCAAGUUCCGCGAGGUGGGCUCCGCGCUCAAGGACAAGUACGACGAGGCGGUCCACGUGGAGCCGGUGCACGGCGGCCGCUACCGCUACCCCCUCUUCCUCAAGUUGAAACGCUCGCGCGCCCACCGUAAGCCUCUCGACACGGAGCUCGUGUUCACCGAGCGCUCGCCCAACUACUGCGAGGAGAACCUGCUGACGGGCAGCGUGGGCACGCGCGGCCGCCUGUGCAACCGCACGUCGCCGAACGCCGACGGCUGCGAGCUGCGCUGCUGCGGCCGCGGGUACAACACGCGCGAGUACACGCGCUCGUGGAAUUGCAACUGCAAGUUCCACUGGUGCUGCCAUGUGCUCUGCGGCACGUGCAGCGAGAGGGCAGAGGAGUACACGUGCAAGUGA